AUGCUGAAAAGGCAAACUCGAGGUUUCCCUAAUAAUGUACUGAGCUCGCAACUUGCGACUGUCACGAACGCUCAUUCUGAAUCUGGCAAAGAGUCGCACGUGGCCAUGAAGAUUUACUGCGUUAUGUUGGCUGCCGCGUCGCUGUUGGCGGCGCUACCGACGAGUGCAAGCUCAGAGAUCGCAGCUCCCAUCCAGGUGGCGACUACCGAAAAGCGGAUCUAUCUUCGUCGAUCUCUGGCGGAUACGACGACUGGCGAAGAGGAAAAUGCCAUCAACAAUGACGAGUCGAACGCCUUAAAUGAGGCAGAAGAAGGAUUUGAGGAAGAAAAGAACCUGCAAACACAAGCCCCAACUACUGACACUGUACUCGAAUCCGAAGAAGGGGUUUUUGAUGAACCGGAAGAGAGCAUUGAAACUACACCGACUACUCCACAAGAAACGUCGGACGAGGUUGAAGAAGAAGAACUCGACGAGAAAAACGUGAACUUGACAUCGGCUUCAUCCACGAGCUCGUCUAACGAGUCAUCUGUCAAUGUGGGUGACGCUGAAGAAGAAGACCAAAGCCCUCAAACCCCCGAAGUAAUUACCACAACAACGGUCAAUCUAGAUGAGGAGUUUGGUGAAGCUAUGCGAGAAGAGAACAGUACCGAAGCCCCGAUAAAUUCAGCAACGACGAGUGUUGCUGAAGCGGAGACGAAAUCUGAAGACAAGAGCGUGCAAGCGUCGUCUAGUCGCUCACGGACGGAGGCGGUCUCUUCUACCGAGGCACCAGUUGAGGUGUCUGACACUGAGAAUGAAGAAGAAUCUGAGGAAGAAGAGCAAAACGCUGAAAACCUUACGACGAAUCUAAUAACUGAGACCCCGACGGUCGUUGAAGCCGAGGAACGAGCGAACGGGACCGAAGACAAGAGCGUGCAAACCCCUUCGACUGACGAUCAGACGACGGAUUCAACUGAGGGUGAGGCUGAGGAUGAAGAGGACAGUGAGUCAGAGGACUCUAGCGACGAAGACUCAAGCGACGAGGACUCCGGUGGCGGAGAAUCUAGUGACGAUAUCAAGUCUGACGGCAAUGAAGACAAGGAUGAAGAUGGGAGCGACAAAUUGUUGGACAACGACACGGAGAGUGACUUAGUUGAGGAAAGUGACUUAGUUGAGGAAGGCGGUGAAGGAUCUACACAAUUGCGUUAG